AUGGACCUCCAGGACCUGGCGGAGACUGGCGUGAGCAAGCUGACUCCCGACGCGAUCGCCAACGGCCUGACCCUCAGCUAUCUGGACCUGGACCUGCUGACCUUCGGCGUUCCGCUGUUCCUGACACGGCCGCCUAAGUGGAACUACGAGAAAGAGGACCUCAGAGCUUUUGCAAAGUGUGAGCGCAAGGCUUGGGUGUGGGAGAUUCAAGUGGAGCGCGAGGCCGCCCUUCAAUUGUACAAUGCUUUGAGCGGGGAGCCGGAGCAAGAAUUAGAACAUGCGCCGCUUGAUUGCAUUAACAGCUCGGAGGGCAUCAUCUAUAUUUUGGAACAACUUCGAGGUCCCGUGUCUCAGCGCCUGGUGUACCAGAAGCGCAAGUACUUGGCCGAUUUUGAGGGCAUCAACAGGAGUGAACGCAACGUGUCUGCAGUCGACGUCUCCGUGUGCGCCAUGUACGAUGGCGAGGCACGUGGAAGCAGACUUCUGGACCGUUCUCGCCUCAGCCCGCAGGACCAGCGCUUGGUGUUGGUCGGGUCGCGUUACUCCUUGACCUUUGAGGAUAUUUCCGAAUCCUUGGUGAUGCGGCUCCCGGACUUCAAGCCGCCGCCGCCGGUCAUGCGCAAGGAUGGACAGAUCAUCAAUCCCAGACUCAGGACCAGGGCAGCGGGCAGGGGACAGGCAAGUGCGCGCUCCGCAAGGUCUUGGUCACGGAGACGGGCGAGAAUCGACAACGACCAGGGCGAUGAGGCCGCUUCUGAGGAACAUGGCGGCGGCGGCGACCAGCUCCACGAUGCCGACAACGACCACAACGACGCGGAGGACGACGCGGGCGAUGAAGAGCCGGGUGAGGACCUGGAUGACUUGAUUCAGGUCCUGGCUGUGACGGCCAGACGCCUCGCCUCAGUUAAACUUGGACGGAAGUGUUCAGGAAGCAAGGUGCCUCCCAGCGAGCUCAAGAAAAAAAGACAGCGUGCGCGGCUUGCGGGGAGGUUGGUCACUGGCGGGGUGAUCCCCAACGCAAGGUGUCUGGAACAGGUGCUUCCUCUUCUACAUCGGCUUCAUCGACUUCGUUCACCGGCGACUUCAGUUCCUGCCAAUGCCAAGAAGGGAGGCAAAGGAGGGAAAGCAGAUAAGCCGCAUCAAGCUUUCGCCGUAAUGCACAGUGACCUCGGUAAAUAUGAAAUUCGGUCAGGUUAUGGCACGGCCGUUGCAGAGUCCCAAGAAGGCAGCUAUCAGGUCAACGUUGUGUUUGCCGCUGUUUUGUCACGCAUAGCUCUGGCUUUGUCGGCUAUGGUUCUUGAUACAGCUUGCCAACGAACAUGUUGCGAUCGCAGGUGGCUCCGAGAGCGCAGAGACCUCUUGGACGUGUGCGGCCUCGAGACCAAGAAGGUGGAUUGCAGGGAUUGGUUUGAGUUCGGUAAGGGUGAUCCGUUGCCUGUUGAUCAUCGUGCGUGUGUUCCGGCAGUUCUUGAUAACGGUUCUUCCUUCUUCUUCGGCGCAGGCGUCCUGGAUGCUGGCAUCCCGCUGCUGGCGAGCAAUCCUCUUCUCAAGGCGCUCGGCGUGAUUUUAGACCCACCUAGGAUGGUUGCCUACUUUGAGCAGUUGUCCGCUGAAGUGCCUGUGGUCAAUCUGAAUGGUCACCUUGCAGUCAACGUUGCGGCUUUUUCUGCAGACACGGUUGCGAGCUUGAAGCAAUACAUGGAUUCCUGA